CCCCCCCCCCCCCCCCCAAACACACACGUGCUCAGACUGGAACGCCAAAACACAAGUCAGCCAUGUGGGCUUCCUGCUGCUUAUGUUACAUGUUGCAUUUUGUCAUCUGCUUACAUCUUUACUGCUGCUGCUGGUAAUCACAUCAUUAGUGACGGACAAGGAAGGAAGUAACAGAGGACGGUUGUUCUUCACUAGUUCGGCAGGCCUACCGUGAGAAGGCUUUUCAGCUGGGAUGAUGAUUGCUGAUAACCCCACCCCACCCCACCUUAUAUUUCUUCUUAUGCACUGAGGGAAUGAGAUCAGUGAGCCGGCUGAUGUGAUGGGGUGGCCCACAGUUGAGAUGGGCAAGGCAAAGCUAUGCAGUUUACAUUCCUUAGUAGCUGAAAAUCUGGAUCUCUUUUUCCACGCUUGCCCCUUUCCACCCUAGCAUUUGAGCAGAAGAUGUAUUUUAAAGGUGUUGAUAGUGCUGGAAACACUUGGCCACGUGACUUUUUAUAACGUUUUUUGAGAAUAAAUUGUUCAAUGUAUUACAUUAUCAACCAAUAUUAGGACACUGGCAGAGCUUUUUAUUUCCCCUGGUCACAAUGUUAUUCCUCUGAGAGAGUAAGGAAUCUAAAGGUGGACUUAGCCCCAGAGCUGUGAAUGUUUGGACUGGGGAUGUGAUCAUUAUUUUGCUUAUGAACAAACCAAAGGUACUGUAAAUGAGUCCAUUUAUAAAGUUCACAUACACGGCGCUGCAGUCGCCCUGCGGUUGGCCUCCCUUCCAUGGUGUUGAGUUGUUUGACACCCAUGUCAAUGGCAGUGGGAGUACAUUAUCACUGUCUUUGAACCCACAUGUGUGUAGUGUGCAUGGGCUCAGCACUUUAUUCAGGGGAAGAAGGAACCAAUUAAGACCACGCUGAACCUUGCAGAGCGGCUCUGGCAUGGCAUGUGGUAUUCCUUCAUAAACACAAGCGCUGUCUGUUGUGCAACUGCUUACUAAGGUUACAGGAGACAACGUGUAAGCCUGACCACAAAUCCCCCCACCCCACCCCCAAAUCCCCACUCCUGAGACUCCUGACUGAAUGGGAGAACUGUGUGAAGGGCAUUCUCUCUUGGGCUGGACGGGGCAGAGCAGUGUGAGACUAUGCAGAGGUAGGCAUCAGAAGGUCACGCAUCAGGUCCUUGGGUCUGCUUGCUGAGAUUUAGGGGGGUGGGGGGGCAGGGGUCGUGAGGGCCUUAAUCCCAGCAAUGGCUGCGCACUUCCUCCAUCAUCUUCCCACUCCCAAGAGAAUACGUUUUUGACCUGUGAUGCAUGUGCCAUAAAAACAGGCUGGUCCUACACAAGGCAAAAAAAGUUACAGGAAUCGUUUUCGUUUAGGCUCUUGUUGCAUUAUACUUUUUUCAUUUUUUUUUUUUUUUUAAUCACUGUACUGUAUAUGUUAAUGCUCUUUAUGAUGUGUUUGUGGUUGUUUUCCAGAAGUCUGAGACAAUAAUUUAGAGUGUGACCACCAAUGACUGUUUCCAGUAUGUGUGCAUCUACUGCUCCGAAAGGCCACUAGGCUGGGGCAAAGUGCAGAAAUGAAGUACUGUUAUUUAAAUUGGUUAGAAUUACAGACCUUAUCAUCAUAGUCCCUUCUUUAGUUGGAAUGUCCAGUGUAGUCAUUUUUCCCACCCUUUUCUGUUUUUUUUAGCUUCGUCUUUCCCUGCAAUCAGCAUGCCGCCUUCUGUACAUCCCUUGGUUAUGUAGAUUUGUUUUCUUUGGGUCUGGUUUUUAUUUUCAACAUCGGUUGGAUCCUAGGAUAAAGGUUUGUUUGCCUUAUGGAACAUACUGGGCUUUUGUUAUGCAUUUGUUUGUUUGUUUGUUUGUUUAGUCAGGGUGUUCUGGGCCAACAGUGGUGGCUGGUUACUCUCAGCAUUUCAUUGGGAUCUUUGCACGAGUGACUUGAAUACUUCUUUGCUCCUGGAACUUCUUGUGAACCGGGGAAGUCUCCACUGGUCGUAGCUUGGCUUGCCACAGACUGCAGUCAUCUCUCAUACAGGGUGGCAGGACUGCCAUCUUGUGCACAGGAUGACACACGGUGCCCAUCUGAUGCCAGGCCCCCAGAGCCACCUCUGGGCUUACAUUUUUGUGUAUUUGUUUUAAUGUCAUUUUUGUUGUUGUUAUUGUUGUUGCUGGGUUUACUAUGAAGCGCCAUCGCUGCUGCUGUCAACACAUCUGAUGUGGUGGCACAGGGCCCAUGUCUCUCCAGGCUGUCAUGUACAAAGAUUCUUAAAUAAACAUUAGUUUCCUGUAUCUGUCCCAGGUCAAUGAGGUGCGCCCACACACAAACCCACACGCUGGGACAAUGCAGAUUUGGAAUCUCUGACUCAUGUCUGUAAACAUGGAUGGUUAUAUAAAUAUUAUGGUGUGAAGCUGCUGACAUUUGUCCGAAGUUCUGUUUCCAUCAGGAAAAAGACCUUUAAAAGGAAAAUUGAGGUUAAUGCUCUCCAUUGAGGUUCCCAAUCAGCCAGCAUGUAGUUCAAAACAGUGAGGUGUUACACCAUUUCAUUUUAAAAGUAUAUUAUUUGGACAGUUAUUGUUAUUAAUAUAACUUAGGUAUUUCAUGUAGGGUGUGUGUGUGUGUGUAUAUACACACACACAAAGAGAUGUGUGAAAUUACUUAUUCCGCUUAUAUCUUGUUCAAAACAACCAGUGUCUCGUGCGUCUUACCUUUCCCCGACAGGCACCAGCAGCCCAUUUUGAGCUAAUUCCAUUUGCCUUGCCUCUCCCCUCCAUCCUUUGGCCUCCCACUGGGAGAUUACUCUUGCAUUAUAUCUCCGUUCUAGAAGGUCACUAGUAAAUGUGAUUAAUUGCGUGGAAGUUAAGCUGGAUGCUGGUAUAUAACAGGACCCGGGGUCUCUGAAUUUGGGUUAAGAGAAGGAUGGGUCAAGCUGCCACGCUCCCCUGUAGAAAAGGAGGCACAUAUAUCACUGAACUCUAUGAAUGGUUCAGAAAGUUCACGAACGAGUGUCCAAGUGGUCUCAUCACCCUGCACGAAUUCAGGAGGCACUUCUGCGAUGGCACCGCGGGGGUUGAGUCGGCCGAAUACGCCGAGCAGAUCUUCCGCACGCUGGAUAACAAUGGGGAUGGAGUUGUUGACUUCCGGGAGUAUGUGACAGCCAUCAGUAUGCUGAUUGCGGGCUCGUCCGUGGAGAAACUGCGCUGGUCUUUUAAGCUCUAUGACAAAGACAAAGAUGGCGCUAUAACCCGGGGGGAGAUGCUAGAAAUCAUGCAGGCCGUUCACAAGAUGAGCGUGGCUGCCUCCAUCACCAAACCCAACCCCCUCACAGCAGAGGAGUGCACCAACAGGAUCUUUGUGCGAUUAGACAAAGACAACAACGCUAUCAUCAGUCUGGAGGAGUUCAUUGAGGGAGCUCUGGAUGACGAGUGGAUCAGAGAGAUGCUAGAGUGCGACCCCAACACUAUGAAGGUCGAGCGGCCACCAAAGCCUGAUCUACACCCAGCUGCUGGGGACAUGCACCUCCAAUCAGCACCCCCUGAAAACAAUCAGAAUCAGUGAAAAGUUCCAAGCCUGCUGUAGUUAUUUGCAUAAGUUCCUUCCUGAUUGCAGGUCAGGAGUCUUGGGGACCCGGACAGUAAAGGCAUCAACAUUAUUCACCACCUCAAGAAGCACCAAAGAACUGAGCUCAGCUCAGUUUACUUUUACAUAGAUAUGAAUCCAAAAGAUGCAAACAACAACUUUAUUAUUCUUGUUUGUGGCUGUUGGUACCAUGUAACCUAUUGUGGAAAAAUGUCACCGUUCCCUCUUAAAAUGAAAGAACUUUGCUUUGA